UGGACACAGAGGAUCACCAAUCAAUGGAAAGAGCCGAAGAUGUCGGCUUGGUCAUGUGAUCAGCUGUGUCCAAUCACAGCUGAUCGCAUCAUUUCUCUCCUCACGAGCUGUCAUGCUUACAGCUCCCCCAGCAGUGCUACCUCUCAGUGUCCAUCAGUGCCAGCGGUCAGUGCUCAUUCAUGCCACCUGCCAGUGCCCAUCAGUGCCACAUCAAUGUCACAUAUCAGUACCUACCAGUGCAUAUCAAUGCCACAUAUCAGUGCCCAUCUGAGCUGCCUUUCAGUGUCACCCAUCAGUGCCAGUCAGUGCCACCUAUCAAUGCCAGUCAGUGCCACCUAUCAGUGCUGCCAAUCAGUGCCACCUAGCAUUUGCAGCAUU